ACCGACGCGCCCGAGUUCCUCACCAUCGGCGGCGGGCCGUCGGGCGGCACCUUCAACGUGGUCGCCACCGGCCUGGGCGACCUCUUGCGCCGCGAGUUCCCGGAGACGCUGGUCGACGUCCAGCCCGGCGGCUCCGGGCCGAAUCUGCUGCGCGUGAACAACGGCCAGGCCGACCUCGGCAUCACCUCGGCCAACAAUGCCUGGGACGCCUGGCAGGGCCGCGAUCCGGCGACGCCGGACAAUCCCGUGCGCGAUGUCCGCGGGCUGAUGACCUUCUUCCCGAGCGCGAUUCAGAUCUGGGUCGAUGCCAACUCCGAGAUCCGCGCGCUGGAGGAUCUGAAGGGCAAGCAGAUGAGCGCCGGGCAGCCGGGCCAGACCUCCUGGCUGGCCUUCGAGCACCUGCUCGCCGUGCACGACAUGUCGAUCGAGGACAUCGAGGCCGACGGCGGCCAGCUCCACAAGCUGAGCUGGUCGGAAUCGCACAAGGGCCUGCGCAACGGCCAGCUCGACGCCGUGAUGUGGGUCUCGCUCUACCCGCACCCGACGGUGCUGGAGAACGAGACCGCGCGGCCGAUGCGCACCCUCUCCUUCGACGACGACAAGCUGGCGGCCUAUCUCGAGCAGUACGGCGGCGGCUUCGAGCAGGUGGAGCUGCCGGCGGGGCUCUACGGCGGUCAGGAGGAGCCGGCGACCACGGUCGGCACCAAGACUUUCCUCUUCGCCUCGAAGGACAUGCCCGAGGAGACGGCCUACCGCAUCGUCGAGACGAUCUGGACCAACCUCGCGCAGUUCAAGCGGACCCACGACCUGCUCAACUUCAUGAGCGAGGACACGGUGGGCAAGGGCAUGGUGGUGCCGCUCCACCCCGGGGCGAAGAAGUUCUUCGAAGCGCAGGGCAUCGCCUAUUCGCAAGGCAAGCUCUCCGAAUAA